GAAUGAAUGUCAAAUAUUACUUAUAAAUAAGAUGUUCUAUCGGUAAUUAAUUUUAUAAAUCAAUUAUCCCUUAUUUUAAAAGUAAUUUAUAAUUAGAAAGUCAAAACUAUAGCAAAAUAAACUUUGAAAAUUGCUAUAUUAAAAUGUCGCGGGCUAGAUCUCGAUACAAUUCGGAAGUAUGUGGUGAUUGUGGAGCAUUAGAACCUUCAUGGGCAUCUAUAAAUAAAGGGAUUCUAUUAUGUAUAGAAUGCUGUAGCAUACACAGAAGUCUUGGAAAUCAUAUUUCCCAAGUUAAAUCAUUACAGAAGAGUAAUUGGAGUAAUUCACAACGAAGUAUGCUUUACACUUUAAAUAACAGUGGAGUUAAUAGUAUUUGGGAGCAUGCCCUUGAACAUAAUUCUAAGUUUUCAAGAAAGAAACCCAGUCCAAAGGAUAAUUUACAUGUCAAAGCAGAAUUUAUAAGAGCCAAACAUCAGCAAUGUGCUUUUGCAUAUCGUCCAAACAAUGAAGAUGGUCUAUUGUGUGUAGAAAAUGAACUGGGAAAGCAACUGCAUGCCAGUGUUAGGAGUACAAAUUUAGAAACGUCUUUUCGCCUUAUUGUUCAUGGAGCUGACCCAAACUAUUUCCAUGAUGAAAAAGGGUCAACACCCCUUCAUGCAGCUGUUAAAGCCGGUCAACUUCUUCAGACUGAACUAUUGUUGACUUAUGGGGCAGAUCCUACCUGCCCAGAUUCAUCAGGGAAAACACCUGUUGAUUAUGCAAAACAAAUGGUAAACCGAGAACUGUAUAAUAGACUUUUAGAUUGUCAGUAUGAAGUGACUGAUAAAUUUAGUGACUACCUCUGUCACAGAAGGCCAAAUCAUGAAAAAGGCAUUCAUUUUUUAAUACCGCAAGCAGGAACCAAAUCUGAUGCAACAGCCCUUUAUAAACUCAAAAAAUUACCAAAUCAUUUAUUUGAAGAACUAGUUAUGGAUGUAUAUGAUGAAGUAGAUCGUAGGGAAACUGAAGCAAUUUGGUUGAGUAGUGCAGAUACUUUGGAGUUAAAUGCGAAUGCCGUUCCAUUUUUACCCGUUAACCCUACCCUGUCCACAGUUCGAAAUCAAGGUAGACAGAAAUUGGGUCGUUUUACUACCCCAGAAUUGAAAAACUUAAUACACGAUAUUCUAGUGGACACUCAAAGGAGACAGUUAAAUUCAGAAAAAGUUCGUCAAUUUUCUCAAAUUUCCGACGACGAGCCCCUUUACGACUCGGUGGCCUCUGACGACGAUUACGCACUUUUGACAGCCACUAAUCAUGUUGCUUCUGAUCAGCACCGCUCAACAUCUGAGAGUAAAGUUAAUAAAUCGACCGAAACAAGUGGAAUAUCGGAUAAAGAAUCAAUGGAAUUGCUCAUAAGAAGACUUCACGAAUCUGAUAAUACGAUUGCAGACUUAAAAUACGAAAUUGGUAAUCUUCGAAAGGUUGUCGAACGAUUAAGCAACGAAAAUAAUGAAUUAAGGACCAAAUUAUCGGAAGCAGAAACUAACAUUUCAAAAAACGAUACCAAAAUCAAUGGAGAAACUGAAAUGUACUCCUUGGAUGGUUUCUUAAUGAUAAACGCAGAAAACAACAAUAAUUUGGUUAAUGGAACUACGACAAUUGUUGAUCUGAAGCAAUCGAAACGAGUUCAAAGGCCAAACAGCAUGUACGAAACGCGUGAAGGACCGAGACAACCGAACUGGCAAACCCUUAAAAAUCACGCAAAACAGAAUGAAAAUAAUAGAGCCGUAACGCAGUUUUUAUAUAGCGGACAGAAUGUAAUGCAGUGUACAGAACAAGUUACAAAGGGCAUCCAAGAACUAUGGAAGUGCAUCCAAGGUUUGGAGAGAAACGAUUGCCUUAUUUACGCGGAAAAAAUUAAAGCCGCUGUAGAAAACUUGGCUGCAGCCAUCCCCUUGGAAUCGGCAAACGAAGUUGUUCAGAGAUUACAAGUGGGUGCCGCACGUCUUAAAACAGAAUGUACCGAACUUGUUACAAAUGAUUCGGUCCAAAUUGUAGACCACUGUUUACAAAAAAUUCGAUUAUGUGCGUACGAAAUUGCAAAAGACACGAAAAUAUUGGUAACGAAAUAUACGGCCCAUUGAUAAAAUUAGACUGGAAAAAAUCGAAAACCCGAUUUUAUUAAUCAAUCAUUUCGUAUUAUUCAAUUUAUUCUUAAUAAACUGACUGAAUAAAUAAUACUUUUUAAGUUAAUUUUAUAACUUUUAUCUAAAUAUUAAAAUUACUUGUUGCAAUUACUCAGUUUACAAUUAACUGUGCUGUACGUGUUUUAGACAAUGAAUUCCAUUUACUAUAUUAAUUAUAUAAUAG